AGCUGACCUUGCAGUUGGCAGCUGAGAAGUUGACCCACUGGACUCCUUCAUCGCAUUUUAGGCAUGGGGUGUUUUUAGUGUCAGCUGACCCCAAAAAGGAGCCCAGGUGGGAUUGCGAUCUGCUCUGGAGCCUGUCGGGCUGGCUGCUCAUAGGCAGAGGGCUGAGAGGAGCCAGCGAGACAAGGCCCCUGAUGUGCUUCACCCAGUGCUUGGCACACCCUGGGGCCUGGCACACAGGAGUGACUGUGUUCUUGCAAACAGACCAGGGCCUCUCUGCCAAUGGAGUUAGGUACCCAUGGAGAGGGGAACUUGCCUUCCUGGCUGGGGAGGGAAAUAAUCAGCUGAGCCAGGGGUUUGAGUCUGAACAGCCUGAGAGCCCCUGUGUACCCCUGAUUCCCAUCUCCCUGCCACACCCUGGGAGGCCUCCCCCAUAGCAUGGGCAUCCUGGCACAUGGCGUCUGUCUCCCCACAGUGCUCCAGCUUUUCUGUAGCUCCCCCAAGGCCGCUCUCCGCUACGCUGCCGUCCGCACCCUCAACAAGGUUGCCAUGAAGCACCCGUCUGCAGUGACAGCCUGUAAUCUGGAUCUGGAGAACCUGGUCACAGACUCGAAUCGCAGCAUUGCCACGCUGGCCAUCACCACCCUCCUCAAGACGGGCAGCGAGAGCAGCAUCGACCGCCUCAUGAAGCAGAUAUCUUCCUUUAUGUCAGAGAUCUCCGAUGAGUUCAAA